AAACGAGUAGUUGUAUAUUGUUGUAAUAAUAUUAUUAUUUACUAUUCACAAAACAUUGUUACUAAAACAACUUUCAUAAAUAAACUUGCGAUCUUACUUAGAUUGAAAAAAAAGAAGAUUCUUUUUUUCAUCAUAUUUUUUUAUAAUAUCAAAGAUAACCUACAAGUGAAUACUUUGAUUUAUUCAAUUAGAAGUGUUGCUUCUCUCUUCUUCACUAGGGCAUUGAUAAAGACAGUUGUUACAUAUCUAUCAGAUAAGGUUAUCAACCGAAUCACUUGUUAUUCCUUUAGUUUGUGCUUAGCAUUUGUACAACACGCGUUGUUCGAGUCAUGGAUGACCAAAAUAUUGUAUUUGUUGGUUUAUUUGCUUCGGCCGAUUCUUUAAAACGGCUGUCUAUUUGUAGAGGAUUUUUGGUUGUUGAAAAUGGAAAGAUUACAAAGAAAGGAACACCGAGCGAAUUUGAAACUUUAAAAAAGUCAGGAACAUAUUCGAAAUUCAAAAUAGUCCAUCUUAAUGCUGGCCAGUUCAUUAUGCCCGGAUUUGUGGAUUGCCACACCCAUGCGCCGCAGUUUCCCAAUAUUGGGCUUGGGCUAGAUCGCCCUUUGCUCGAAUGGUUGGCUAAGUACACAUUCCCUUUGGAAAGUCGAUACGGUGAUGUUGACUUCGCAUCGUCAGUUUAUGACAAAGUCGUUAAAAGACUUCUGACCAACGGCACCACGACAGCAUGUUAUUUCGGCUCUCUUCACCUGGAAGGCACGGUGGAACUGGCGAAGAGUGCCAUAAAGCACCGCCAGAGGGCGUUGGUCGGUAAGGUCAGCAUGAAUCUGAAGAACGACGCGGGAUACUACAACAAUACCAAAAAGGAACUGCAGGAAGUGGAGACUUUUGUGCAGAAGAUUCUGGAAUUAAAGAAUGAACUUAUACAACCUAUAGUGACGCCGCGGUUUGCGGUUAGCUGCGAUGCAGAGCUGCUCACAGCAUUGGCGAAGAUCUCUAAAAGAUACGACUGUAGGAUUCAGAGCCAUAUAUCCGAAAACCUCAGCGAAAUAGAAUACGUUUUACAACAGUUCCCCAGCUGCAAUAGCUACGCGGAUGUGUACGACAAGAGCGGCAUUUUGAAUGAAAAGUGUAUCAUGGCGCACGCUGUCCACCUGACAGAUGACGAGAUAAAACUCCUGUCUUCGAGGGGAGUGUCCAUCGCCCACUGCCCCGCCUCUAACACUCGCCUCAAGUCUGGUCUCUGUCCGGUGAAGAAGUACCUUGAUAGUGACAUCACAGUUGGACUAGGAACAGACGUAGCUGGUGGAGACAGCGCUACGAUUUUAGACGCUAUGAGGAGGACCAUGGACGUGUCCACACAUUUGGAGCUGAAGGGAAGUGCGGAUUAUUCUCUUGACUGGACUGCCGCCUUCUACCUCGCGACUCUGGGAGGGGCUAAAGCUUUGGGACUCAACAAUAAAAUAGGUAGUUUGAAAGAGGGGAAGGACUUCGAUGCCCUGCUCAUAGACAUGUAUGCCAAGGACAGUGCCAUAGACAACUACAAAUCAUUUGAGGGCGCCGAAGACUUCGAUAUAGGUCUCAUACAGCGAUUUGUCUAUCUAGGAGACGACCGGAAUAUUCUACAGGUCUAUGUGAAAGGAAAUAAAGUUAAAGAUAUAAUGACGUGAGACAAUUCUGCCUUUGUAAUCUAUAGAAAUCACCAAAAUUGAUAAACCAUUCAAUUAUAAUAUUAAGCAUUACAACGUAUAUCUACUAAAAUGAAACGAAUAAAAUAAAUUGUUAUAUUUUUAUUAUAGUGUAAUUCUUAAUAAUUUGUGUAGAAAAAAUGUGCAAAUAUAAUGUGACAAUACAAACUGAAUUUAUGUAGGUAUGCAAAUACCUUAGUACAAUAAUACUUAACUGAAUUAUAUUAUCAAUUCCAACAUGACAAUUACAAACAAAA